GUGUUGUAUUUUUUGAUUUUUGAUUUGAUAUAUUUAUUUAUUUACUUUUAUUUUAUUGUGUUGUUUUUACCUUUGCGCAAGCAUUCAGUCUGGAUAAGGUAAGUAAGCUUGUUGGAAAUUGAACAACCGCCUGUCUCAUUUGGGACCCAUCCGCGGUACGAGAGAGUUAUGGGGGAUGGGGAAUCCGACGGGCUUCAUUCUCCCCAAUGGCUUUCUUGUCAUGUCAGCAGUCGAGCGGUCCCCGAAGAAGCGGGCUUCAAAGCAGCCUAUAGUAGAGAACAGGCAGAAGGAAAGCAGGAAGAAAAAAAAAACAAAAGAAAAUACAAAAGUGAAAAUGAAAAAAAGAAAAUAUAAAGGGAAGCGCAAAAGGACGAACGAUAAGGACGAUGGAGCAGCCUUUCCUAUUUUCCCCUCCAUUCCCGCCACCAUUUUCUUCUCAAGAUGUGCCACUACGACCUUCCUGGUCUGGACUUGGGUGUCCAACUCACUAGUGGCUUUUUGGGCUAUCCCAAUCGUGACGUGCUGUUCGGAGACAUGGCUUCUCCUUCCCAACCUGACUCGCCACACUCGCGACGGAUACCAAGCCACACCCAGUGAAGGGGACGGUGCUGCACGUAUGCCGAUCAGGCAAUCACCAUGACUGAUCAAGAAUGAAGGCAUCGGCGGGGUCACCGAACGCAGGAGCUGUAAUCCACUCUGUGUGGUGUAUUAUGUAUGCACUGGCACUCAUGGAGUGUCUCCAGUGCUCUACGCACUGCAUACCCACGACUGGUGGUCUGUUUCAGCCAAUCUAACAUCUCACACGCACCACUGUUGCGCUGCCAUGCGUGCAUGAGCAUACCAGCUCCUGCUCGCCUACCGGUAGGCGGUGCAGAUUCAGCUGGGGUCAAAGUUGGGUGGAGUCAAGUUCAAGGGUGAGGAAAGGAUGAUGCAGCUCGUCCUGGAGUACGUUGGCUCGCCAGUGACCCUCUCUGACGGCCGUUGGCCGGUGGGGGACAUCCUACGCUUCGUAUCAAGUACGCAUGACUAUGUAGAUAUAUCUCAGACGCAUGGGUUACACAUCAGUACAUACCCAUACAC